GCCGCAGUUUCCGGCCGGUCUGUUCGAGUCCCGGAAUCUAAACAGCCACGUAGCUGCAGCAUCGCAGUCCGGCAGGUUUCGUCUGUCAGAUACAUUCUGCAGAUCUAGAGCUCCGUGGCGAUGCGGUGAGACGCCUCAGCUCUAAAGACUCCUCACCUCUGUGCAUGGAUGCCGGUGUGGCGUCUAAUAAAGUCAUUAGAAGAUGGAGGAUGGAAACGAAGGAGCUGUAUUGACUGACAUUUCCUCUCAGCCUGCCCCGCCCACUGAAGACCCCACCCCAAACGAUGUAGGUUCACACAAACCUGGAGAACCGGAAAACUCGCCGGCCUCUGACAAAAUUCCCAAUGGUCACGUCCGGUCGGAGCUGCUGGAGAAUGGCGAGGCGGCGGAGCCUCCGGGAGCCGCAGGGGACCCUCCCGCCCGGCCCCAUCCAGGUGUGGCCUCUUUCCCUCUCAGCCUAGAGAAGCCAGACGGCUCUGCUCACAAGAGCGACGCAUUGCAGUCGCUCAGACUAAGUAUUCCAAUGCAGGAGACGGAAUUGUCGGUGCACGAGCCGUCUCUGGAGAUGGAGAACGAGGAGAAGAUCCGUUUGGAGGCACGGCGGCGUCUGGAGGAGCAGCUGAAGCAGUACCGCGUCCAGAGACACAAGGAGAGGUCUCAUCGCUCAGUCCCGAAGUCCCGCCCCUUCAGCACUCUGGACCCAGAGCUCAUGCUGCAUCCGGAGGCUCUCCCGAGGGCCAGCACCGUCGCGAUGACCACCGAGUACUCCUUCCUGCGCACCAGCGUCCCCCGCGGACCCAAGCUGGGCAGCCUGGGGGGAAUCCCUCCCGUCAAAGAAAAGAAGUCCCGCUCGUCCCGCUCCAACAAGAUCCACUCUCUGGCGGACUACAGGACGGCGGAGCAGGACGGCAGGGCCUCGGAGACGGCCAGCCCCGGCGUCUCCGUCUCCGCCGACACCUCCUUCGGCUCGGUGCAGUCCGGGAUCAGCUCCGUUUCCACAGUCUCGGAGAUCAGCGUGACCUCCGAACCCGAUGCCCUGCUAGAGUCCAGCAGGACGUUACGGGACAAUGCGUCGGAGCUGGACGGGAACGAGAGCGACAGUUCCUCCUACAGCAGCGCCUCUGCUCCGUACGCCGCGCUCGCCUCGGCGGCAGGCCGGGUCACAGCGCCGUACACGGUGGAGGGUCGGGAGGUGGCGGCGGAGGCGAUGGGACAGUUUCCCGCACUGCGGGACGUCCUGCAGGCAGCCAGUGAGGAGCAGCAGCAGCUGAUGGAGCUGGAGCAGGAGAGGGACGGGGCGGAGUCACGGAGCCGCAGGGACAGCUUCUCCAGCAGUGUGUCGUACGGGAGCUCGGUAAUGGGGACCCAUGAUGAGAUGCUGCAGGUUCUGAAGGAUAAAAUGAGGCUGGAGGGGCAGCUGGAGUCUCUCUCCUCAGAAGCUACUCAGGCUCUAAAGGAGAAGACGGAGCUGCAGGCUCAGUUAGCGACGGUUAGCGCUCAGCUGCAGGCUCAGUCUGAGGAGACGCGGCACAGCGUGGAGCGGCAGGGCGCUCUGGCGGCCGAGGUGUCCACGCUACGCACCGACUGCUCCACACUGGAGCGCGCCAUGACCGACCUGCAGACCCAGCUGGAGGACAAGAACGCCAGCCUGUCCUCGCUGGGUAACGACCUGCAGGUCGCAGAGCAGCAGUAUCAGAGGCUGAUGGGAAGAGUGGAGGACAUGCAGCAGAGCAUCACCUCCAAAGACAACACAGUGGGAGAGUUGCGCCAGCAGAUGACGGGUCUACAGGCGCAGCUGCAGCAGGUCCAGUCGGAGCGCAGCGCCCUCCAGAGCCGGCUGCAGACGUCGCAGGCGGAGGUGCAGUCCCUGCAGCAGCUGCGCAGCUGGUACCAGCAGCAGCUCGCCAUCGCCCAGGAGGCCCGAGUCCGUCUGCAGACUCAGAUGGCCAACAUACAGGCGGGUCAGAUGACUCAGUUUGGCGUGUUGGAGAAUCUGAAGAUGGAGAACGUCAGUCUGUCUCACCAGCUCUCAGAGACGAAACAUCGCUCCAUUAAAGAGAAGGAGAGAAUCGCCGUCCAGCUGCAGAGCAUAGAGACGGACAUGAUGACUCAGGAAGCCGCCAUCCAGCAGAUCCACGACGCGAAGACCAUGGUGGAGGAAGAUCUGCAGCACAAGCUGGAGGAGUUCGAGGAGGAGAGAGAGCAGCUGCUGAAAAUGGCCAAUCAGGCCACGGAGCUGGAGAGAGAGCUGGACCAGGUGAAAUUGGCGCUAUCUCAGAAGGAUGCCCAGCUGGCGUCGUUUCAGCGGGAGCACGUGGAGCUGAUGAAGCAGCUGACGGCAGCUCAGGAGAGUCUGCAGGGGAAGGACCAGGCGCUGCAGCUGCUGGAGGCUCGAUACGCCGAGCUGGAGACGCAGCUGCAGGAGCUGCAGACCGACUCGACCGUGCGGGAGGACGAGCUGCACUUCCUGCGCAAUGAGAAGAUCGUCCUGGAGGUGGCGCUGCAGGCGGCGCGGGCCGAGAAGAGCCAGCUGGACGACGGGGCGGAGCGGCUCGGGGAGGACGUGCUGGCGGCCGCAGAUACGCUGGACCAGCUCCGGCAGGAGGUGCAGGUGAAGACCACACAGAUUGAGUCUUUACAGCAGGAGAACGUCUCCCUAAAGAAACACGCUCAGAAACUGAAGGAGCAGUUCACUCAGCAGAAGGUGAUGGUGGAGGCGUACAGGCGGGACGCCAGCUCUAAAGAGCAGCUGAUCUCAGAGCUGAAGGCGUCUAAGAAGCGUCUGGCGUCGGAGGUGAAGGAGCUGAAGGAGGAGGUGCUGAAGCUGCAGGGAGAGAAGACCAGUGGAGAGCAGGAGCAACAGCGCCUCCAGCAGGAGGUGCAGAGAGUACAGCAGCAGAUCAGCAGCCUGGAGCAGCAUCUGCAGAGCAUCCAGACUGAGAGGGACUCGCUGGAAACACAGCUUCAGUCUCUCCAGUUUGACCAGAGUCAGCUGAGCUCUGUAACCAAUGAGAAUGAGGCGUUAAAGAAGAAGCUGGAGCAGAUGCAGCAGGAAGCCAAGUCGGCGAUCUCUGAGCAGAAAGUGAGGAUGAAGAGGCUGGGGACGGAUUUGACGAGUGCUCAGAAAGAGAUGAAGGCCAAGCACAAGGCGUACGAGAACGCAGUGGGUAUCCUCAGCCGCCGCCUGCAGGAGGCGCUAACCGAGAAGGAAACGACGGAGGCGGAGCUAGUCAAGCUUAGAGCGCAGGUGGAAGCGGGCGGCAACAAUCAGGCUCUGCAGGAGAAGGUGGAGUCUCUGCAGGCGGAGCUGAAGGCGGUGCUCCACAGUAAAACUCUGCUGGAGAAAGAGCUGCAGGAGGUCAUCAGCCUGACCAGCGCUGAACUGGAGGAGUACCAGGAGAAAGUGCUGGAACUGGAGGAUGAGCUCCAGGAGUCGCGCUGCUUUAAGAAGCGGAUCCGUCGGCUGGAGGAUGCUAAUAAGAAGCUAGCGCUGGAGCUGGAGCAUGAGAAGGGGAAGUUGGCCGGACUGGGGAAGUCCCACAGUGCACUGCGAGAGCACGCCAACGUCCUGGAGACGGCUCUGGCCAGGAGAGAGGCGGACCUGGUCCAGCUCAACCUGCAGGUCCAGGCUGUGUUGAAGAGAAAGGAGGAGGAGGAUCAGCAGAUGAGGCAGCUGGUGCAGACGCUGCAGACGGCUCUGGAGAAGGAGAAGAUUAAAGUCAAAGAUCUCACUGAGCAGGUGGCGGAGGCUAAGCUGGAGGCGGGUCAUAACCGCAGGCAUUACCGGGCGGCGGUUCUGGAGCUCAGUGAGCUGAGGAAGGACCUGCAGGCCAAAGAGGACCUGCUGAAGACCCUGCAGGACCAGGCCCAAACACUGGAAGCUCAGGACGCCCAGCGCUCUCAGGAAGUGUCCCGGUUCCAGGCGGAGCUGGCGGAGGCUCACGCUCAGCUGCAGAUCCUCCAGAAACAGCUGGACGACGAGCUCAACAAACAGCCGCUCACCAACCAGGAGGUGGAGGACCUAAAAUGGGAGGUUGAACAGAAGCAGCGUGAGAUUGAGGCUCAGCGCCACCAGCUGGAGCUCGCAGAGCAGAGCAGCCAUAGAGAGCUGGACAGCGUGCAGGACACACUGCAGCGAGUGCGUGUGGAGCUGGAGCUGGUGCAGGAGGAGCUGAACGGCACCAAGAAGGAUAAGUUUGUCCUGCAGGCGAAAGUGUCUGAGCUGAGGAACAGCAUGAAGACGCUACUGCAGCAGAACACACAACUCAAACAGGAUCUCAAACACACUCGCAACAGGAAGCGAAUGGAUGCAAAAGGAGACUCGACCCCAGUGACCCCGGUGAAAAUUCCCGACUGUCCUGUUCCUGCAUCCUUAUUGGACGAGCUGCUAAAGCCUUCAGCCUCCGUCAACAAAGAGCCGCUAAAUAACCUGCAUAACUGCUUACGACAACUGAAGCAGGAGAUGGACAGUCUUCAGAAGCAGAUGGAGGAGCACACCGUCAAUGUGGCGUCGUGGACCAGCGCCGAGGAGGAGCUAAACAAACUGGGCAUCAGUGAAAACAGUCCCAGACGACUGUCCAAAGAGCAGGAGGAGUCCGGGACGCCCAGAGAGACGGAACAGGCUUCAUAAAAAACGAAAGCGAAUAAUAAUAAUAAUAAUAUCACACAGCAGCGAAUGAUCCCCCUAAACCUCCGCCUGUCUGUCUGUCUGUCUGCCUGUCUGUCUGCCUCUGGGAAGAAAUGGCUUUUAUCAAACCGCACACUUUUAAAAUCCUUAGUUUUUUUUUUUUUUCUUUAAAAUAUCUUUUCAGACACCGAUAUUUUGUUUUCAUUCCUGUAUUGAGAAAAAAAAAACAUUUGGGUGACCUAUGGUGUUUCUGUACCACAGCUUUAUUAAUGCGUAUUUUCUGUUGUUGUCUUUCUGUUGUUUUCUGUUGUUAAUUUUAUUUAUUGCUUCCAGUGUAUAUGCCAGAGCUCUGGUGGGGGAAUGGCGUAGGGUCUUGUUCUCUCACGUAAUGAGAGCUGAGUUAUUCAGAGCUCACCAAAAAUGAUCAUUUGCACCAGUUUCACCAUCUGUGUUGUCAUUUUAACUCUAGUAUGAUCAAUAGUUAUAGUGAUAGUUUGGCCAGAUAGCAAAUUUAGCCAGUUUCCUCCCUUUCAUCAGAUCAAGAUUAUACUUUUUUGUUAUCUAAAUCUUGCUUUGACAGAAUAUUUAAGUUAGCAACCUCUACUGUAGAGUUCUUAAUUAAUUUAGUGCACAUACACUCCCCUGGCUGUUUCUCCGUUCCGCAGUGCCUGUGGUUUAGCUACGUUAUCCACUCUGCUGUUUCUGAACCAUAAUCAGUUUACUUAUUCAGGUGACUUACUUCAAAUAUAGUCAAAACAGACGUGAUUUGGUGCCUGAAGUUAGCUUCUUUAGAUUUAUACUGGAGCUGUGAGGCUAAUGAGGCUAAGCUAGGAAGCUUAGUCUAGAAGGAAUAUAAGAUUUGAGCAGUUAAGCUUCAUUUUAUUUGAACUUGAAUAUCCAGAAUUAUUCACAUUUCCUGUUUGGAAAUGUUACGAUUCCAGACAUCAACAUUAGUAAAAUAGUAAAAAGCAGUAUUAUUACACAGUUCAUUAUCACUACUAUCUAUUAGUGUCUCGUUAAAUCAGUCCCACACACGGUACUGUACUACUUCUACCUGUGGAGAUGAUUCUACAUGCAUAGUUAUUAACUGUUAAUUGAUAACAAUGCUGACCUGAGAUGUAAAAAGUGGGAUAUUUUGGCUUGAUUCACCAGAAAAAACGAUUUUUGAACCAGUUAAACUUGAAAGUAUUUAGCUAACGUUUUUUUGGUUUCUAGAAAUGUCUUUUUAAAAUCUCAAUUAUUAAAUUUAAAUAUUUUGUUGGAAAACGCAACCAUUAUUAGUUGUUUAGGAGGUGUUCAGUAAUCUCUAAUUCACCGUUAUAUAUACUAUGGACUAAAGUAUGAACACAGUUAAAGCUUCAAGCUAAUGCUAAUGCUAAUGUGCUAUUAUUAUUAGCUAUAUGCUAACACAAUUUAGUCAGAGUUUAUUGAUGGAAUUAUAUAGUCUUUAAGUUUCAGAAACCACAAAAUCAAGUUUCAAGAUUACCUACAUAUCACUUAGGUUUUUAGCUACUUCUACGUUUGUUUGUUUUUACAGUUGAGCUACGAGGCUAAUGUAGCUAAUAAGAAAAUCUGAAGUACUUAAAGCUAACAGCUAAGCUAAAUUGCGUCUGUAUUUACAGUUUAUGUUCUACAUAAACACUGAGUUUAAUCACUUAAACACUUAAUUUUAUGAAAAACGUAAGCAAAUCUGUUAAAUAUUUCUGAACACCUUCACAACAAACACUGCAGUUAGCAUCAUGCUAAUCUAGCAUGUUUAAGCAUUUUUAAGCCUUUUCGCUACGUUGCUCCAAUGUACUAAAGAACCACAGAAGCGUCAAACAUGUCUCUGAAAGGACAUAAUAAUUAGGCAGGGAAAACUGUACAAGUUGGAACUGAAGGAAAAAGCCUGAGGUGUUUUAAUGUUAGCGUUAAUGUUGUUCAUUUUGAUUUUCUUCGCUCACUAAAACCCGAAGUCGGGUUCUGUUUGAUGAGGGACGCUAACAAAAUCUGUCAAAUACUGACUUGCUUUAGGGCUCUGCCUAUAUGUUUGCUCAUAUAGGAACUACUUUCAAUACUGUUAAAUAUAUAAAUAUAUAUAUAUAUAUUAUAUCAGUGGAUGAUGCUAAUGCUAAUAAUAACGGUGAAUAAAAGCCACGAAUAGCCACAGAUUAGCAUAGUAAAUGCUUUUAAGUAGAGGCUGCUGGCUUCUGUUCACACACAGUUAGCAACGUUAGCAUGUGCGGUUGAUCUGUUUCGCUGUUUGAACUGUCUGAAUGAGUUUAUCGGUCAUUGUGUAAAGAGUGUGUGUGGGGAAAGUGUGUAUAAUAGCUUGUUGCGGUUCAGUGUAAUAUAUUUAUAAUAUAUAAAAACUGUGUCGAAUGACGUUGCACAAUUUGGCGAGGCGAGAGAUGAACUGAGCGCGAAUGGGAAAGAUGUAAAAUAUUGUUGCUAAUCUUUGGAAUGAGAUUCUGACGAAGCCUGCUUUAAUUUCUUGUUUUUUUUGUAAUGUUUUUUGGGGUUGAUCUUGGACGGACACUUUCUACAGACUGGUUUUAAUCGUUCGCAGCCUUAACACACGACCGGUUGUGUUCAGAAAGCUUGAUUUAAUGUAUUUGUUUUUAAAGCAAUACACAGAUUUCCCUCAGAAACUGACUGUUUUACUGUUUAUCCAUUUAGGCCCGAGCUUGAGGUUAUCAUGUGUUUAGAAUAAGCUAAUUUAAAGGGGAAUUUCAGUGUGUUUUAAUAGAAAAUAACAGAGAAUAUCUGACUCUAAAUACAUUUACAAUAGAACUCAAUGGACAGAUGCGUCAAAUUAAUGUGUCUAUUAGAUAAUUGUGCUAAUCAGCUGUGUGCUUAAAAUACAGCACAUCAAGGCUACAUUGAAAAAUGCUGAAGUGUUUGAUUAAUAAGGUUAAAUAAUAUUUUAUGGCUGUGAUUAAUGAGCUUUAAUUUGAAACCAUUUAAAGGGAUAAUACUUAUUCAUAUUUCUACUCAACUCAAUCCAUAUUCAGCCCUAAACAGCCAUACCACUGUAUUUUAGCUCAUUAAGCUCAUUAACUUCAUUAUUAGGCCUUAAUGAAUGGCAUCAGUUGUGUUAAAUUGCGCAAAAACCUCUUAAACUGUGCACUGGCCCUCCUGUACAAUAAUGUGGAUUCCACUAUUCUCAGCAAAGGGACUAAAACGCUCAUUUUGUUACUGUUUCUGGGUUUAUUCUGUUUAUUUUCCCCCUCUUCGGUCAUGUUUAAGAAGCAGUUAUCCUGCACCUGCUCAAUACUGUUACUGUUUGUAUGGCAGUUAGCAUGUUUGCUAACCAGCGAGUGUAAAAAAAAAAAUACCGGUUAUAACAUUCUGUAUGUAUCGCCUCUGGUCUGCUGUUAAAAACUCUUUUUUUCUUGCAUUUUAAAGCAAACAUAAAAGCAUAAAACAUCA